CCGGGUUCGGCGCGGUGCCUCCAGUUCCGCCGCGCUCCGGAGAGGAGGAGGAGCAGGAGGGGGCGAGCGGGCGCCGGAGGAGGCGGAGGAAGCGGCGGCAGCAGCAGCAGCAGCGGCGCGCAGGCUUUGCCUUUGACGUCGCCGCCGCCGCCUCGGUGCUGCCGCGACCGCCGCCUCGCAGGGCCGGCUCGGAGCACGUAGAGCCCAACGUGACCGCAGCGCGCAACCCCCCGAGCUGCCGCCCCCCCCCCGCCGCCCCUCCUCCGGGCACGCUUCGGAGCGCAGCCGGCUCGGACCGCGGCGGCAGCCCCAGGAGGAGGAGGAGGAGGAGGAGGAGCGCGGGCCUCGGCCGCCGCCGCCAGACGAAGUCCCCGCUUGCCGGCUCUCCCGCAGGCCCGCGGCCGCUCCGGCCAUGGCUCCGGAGCCCCUCGCCGCCGCGCCGCUCGCCCCGCAGAGCCCCGCGCCGCCGCGCCAGGACGCCUCUUCUUGCUGCUGCUGCUGCCGCCGCUGCUGCUGCUGCUCUUCGGCGGCGGCGAUCUAAGGCGGCGGCGGUUGGCUGCUGGGCACCGCGACCCCCUCGCCUCCCGCCGGCAGCCGCCUGGCCAUCGGGCGGGGGCGGGCGGGCGGGCGCGCCUCGCUCCGCCCGCGCCUCUGCUCCUCCGGGCCGGCGGCGCCCACCUCCCCCUUGCCGGCUGGAUAUGUGGCUGCUGCUCCCGCCGCCAGGAUGGAUGUAGCUUGCGGGCUGGUGUGGUGGCUGCUGCCGGUGCUGCUGGAGGGCAUCGCCGGGCAAGGCGUCUACGCCCCACCCACGGUGAGGAUCAACCAUUCCGGCCUGGCCUGCAACAUUGAGGAGGAACGUUACUCGGAGCGAGUCUACACCAUCCGCGAAGGGGAGACGCUGGAGCUGAUGUGUCUGGUCACGGGCCACCCACGGCCACAGAUCAGGUGGACCAAAACAGCAGGAAGUGCCUCUGACCGGUUUCAAGACUCGAGUGUCUUCAACGAGACGCUGAAGAUCGCCAAUAUCCAGCGACACCAAGGAGGCCGCUACUACUGCAAGGCGGAGAACGGCCUGGGCUCGCCGGCGAUCAAAUCGAUACGGGUUGAUGUCUACUACUUGGAUGAUCCCAUUGUGACCGUCCACCAGAGCAUAGGGGAAGCAAAAGAGCAGUUUUACUACGAAAGGACUGUGUUUCUCAGGUGUGUGGCAAAUUCCAACCCACCCGUUCGGUACAGCUGGCGGCGAGGGCAGGAGGUCCUGCUACAGGGAUCCGACAAAGGGGUCGAAAUCUAUGAGCCCUUCUUUACCCAGGUAGGAAUCAAGGGUGAAACCAAGAUCCUGAAGUUAAAGAACCUUCGACCUCAGGACUACGCCAAUUACAGCUGCAUUGCUUCGGUUAGGAACGUCUGCAAUAUCUCCGACAAAAUGGUGUCCUUCAGGCUCUCAAACAAAACAGCGUCUCCCUCGAUCAAGCUCUUGGUGGACGACCCCAUUGUGGUGAAUCCUGGGGAGGCCAUUACCUUGGUGUGUGUCACAACAGGUGGAGAGCCACUUCCAACUCUAACCUGGGUGAGGUCCAUCGGAUCCCUGCCUGAGAAAACGGUCCUGAAGGGUGGGACAUUGACCAUUCCUGCCAUCACCUCUGAUGAUGCUGGCACCUACAGCUGCAUUGCCAAUAACAACGUGGGAAAUCCAGCAAAAAAGUCCACCAACAUCAUUGUCCGAGCUUUGAAGAAAGGGCGGUUCUGGAUCACGCCUGACCCUUACCACAAGGACGACAACAUCCAGAUUGGCCGGGAGGUGAAGAUCUCAUGCCAAGUGGAGGCCAUUCCUUCCGAAGAGCUCACGUUCAGUUGGUUUAAAAAUGGCCGGCCGCUGCGCAGCUCUGAGAGGAUGGUGAUCACCCAGACAGACCCCGAUGUCUCGCCGGGCACCACCAACUUGGACAUCAUUGACCUGAAAUUCACAGACUUUGGGACAUACACGUGUGUUGCCUCUCUGAAAGGAGGGGGCAUAUCAGACAUCAGCAUCGACGUCAACAUUUCCAGCAGCACAGUUCCACCCAACCUGACUGUUCCACAAGAAAAGUCGCCCUUGGUCACCAGGGAAGGAGACACCAUUGAACUGCAGUGCCAGGUGACUGGGAAGCCCAAGCCGAUCAUCCUCUGGUCCAGGGCAGACAAGGAGGUCGCUAUGCCGGAUGGGUCAAUGCAGAUGGAGAGCUACGAUGGGAUCCUGAGGAUUGUCAACGUCUCUCGAGAGAUGACAGGGACUUACAGGUGUCAGACCAGCCAGUACAAUGGAUUUAACGUCAAGCCAAGGGAAGCGCUGGUGCAGCUGAUAGUGCAGUAUCCGCCUGCCGUGGAGCCGACAUCCCUGGAGAUCAGGCAGGGCCAAGGCCGGAGCGUCACCAUGAGCUGCCGCGUGCUGAGAGCGUAUCCGACCCGGGUGUUGACCUUCGAGUGGCGGCUGGGCAACAAGUUGCUGCGGACGGGACAGUUUGACGCCCAGGACUCCACGGAGUACACCAUCCGGAGCCUCUCCAGGGACAGUUACGGGAUUUACAACUGCAACAUCAUCAACGAGGCGGGGGCCGGGAGGUGCAGCUUCCUUGUGACAGGCAAAGCCUAUGCUCCGGAGUUCUACUACGACACUUACAACCCACUGUGGCAGAACCGAGCCCGAGUCUAUGCCUACAGCCUGGAGUGGACUCAGAUGAACCCCGAUGCUGUGGACCGCAUCCUCACGUACCACUUGGGGAUCCGGCAGGCUGGCCAGCAGCGCUGGUGGGAGCAGGAAAUUACUAUGAAUGGGAAGAUCCAGAAAGGAGAAUUAAUCACCUACAACUUGACUGAGCUGAUCAAGCCAGAAGCUUACGAAGUCCGCCUGACGCCCGUCACCAUCUUUGGAGAUGGUGAUUCGACCAUUCGAGUAAUCAAAUACAGCACUCCAAUGAACCCUCACCUACGAGAAUUCCACUGUAGCUUUGAAGAUGGCAACAUUUGUUUAUUCACCCAAGAUGAAAAGGACAACUUUGACUGGACAAGACAAAACAUUAUCAACCGAGACACAAAGUACACCCCAAACACAGGACCCAGCACCGACUGGUCUGGCUCAAAGGAAGGAUUCUUCAUGUACAUCGAAGCAUCCAGUCCCAGGAAAGAAGGAGACCGAGCCAGACUGAUCAGCCCAGUUUUCAGCAUCCCCCCAAAAAACCCAUACGGAGCCACUAAUACUGUGUAUUGCUUCAGUUUCUACUACAACAUGUAUGGGCAGCACAUAGGAACUUUGAAUGUUUACCUGCGGCUAAAAAGUCAGCCUGCAAUAGAAAACCCCUUCUGGUCUUCGAGCGGUAACAAAGGACAACAUUGGUUCCAGGCCCGUGUUAAUAUACACCCAAACACUUCAUUCCAGGUUGUUUUUGAAGGGAUCCGAGGCCGGGGUAUCGAAGGAGACAUUGCCAUAGAUGACAUAGCAAUUGUGGAAGGAGAGUGCACGAAAUCGGAUUUCGUAAACAACCAUAUACCUUCGGGCGCUGUCAGGAUGCUGAUGCAUAUACAGAUUUUUCCCGUUUUCCUUCUCAUGUCUGUCUUAAGUCAUCAGAGGUGACCUUAUUCUGGCAGAGGCCACAACACAGAGGUACCACGCACUGGCAUGAAGAAAAGAGUCUUUGUAAAAUGAACAUUUCAAAAAAGAAAAAAGAAACAAAAACUACCAAAGAUUCCUCCACUGACUGACUCAAAUAUGAAAAGCAUUUUUUUAAAAAAAAAAAAUCAAACUUAAAACAUAUAUAUAUAAAAAGGAAGCAUUGGGAGUUUAUUAAAAAAAAUACACACAAAGGAAUGAAUAAGCAAGGCACUGCGGGCAUAGAACUGACAUCCCGUGGACCACACGUGGAAGCGAAGGAGACAGACCUUCAGGUGCUUUUGUGGUUAAUUAGCGAUGAACAAAUGAAAGAGAAAAAACACACACAGCAUCCAUUGGAAGAACUCUGUCAAAAGAGCUAUAGAAUUCCUUGUCAAAGCACAAAGUCAUGGCUUGUUUUGUUUCAAGUGAAUAGUUUGCUUGUUGCCAUGGAAAUCUAAAUGGCCUGCCAAAAGAGAGAUGUAAUGGAAGGAGAGAGAAAGAGAGAAAAGGAGGAAAGGAAAAACCCCGACACCUCACUGUCAAACAGGGUACAAGAGGAGCUGGUGUUUCUUUUUCCCCUUUCACACAAGGUUCCAAAGCAUCGAGUUCAGUCCAGCUGUAGGCCCUUUUUCUGCCUCUUGCUCCUGCCUUUGGAAAGAAGUGGGCCAAGACACCUGAGCUGUUGAAGACAUUCUGUUUCAGUUCCUCAUGGCAAUGCUAGAUUAACUGUCUGCGGUCUCCGUUUUGCAUGCAUUAUGUAACUCCAGGACGUAUCUACGACAAGGACAGCCACAUGGACUUGUCUGGAGUUUGCUUGCGGCCACUUGAACACACAGAAACACCCUCCCCCCACUCCUUCCAAGACCUCCCACCCCCACCCCUCGCCCAACGCCACCCAUGCCCCACUCCUGACUCCAUCGUCCGUUCUAACCGAGUGACAAAACCAAACUACCAUCUUUUUUCUAAAAUGCCAUGGAAACCAAGUGCCUUCAAUGAUAACAAGCCUGAGAAAUGGGGAGGGGAAAAAAAUCACAAAAGUUCCAGCAGAAAAAAGCUUGCAGGCUCGGGUGAGGUUUGCGUCAAACUCUUUUUCUAAAGCAAACUACAGAGCAGAACUGCAGGCCAGGAAACACAUUUAAAACACAUAGAAGCCACAUCUGGAGAUGGAUUGACUUGGAUUGCAACACAACGCCCUUCUUGGAUUGAGAUCCUUGUUUCAGCUUUCUGACAGCCAUGGCCUUUCAGCAUAUUUCCAUGAGGAAGCGGCUUCCGUUUAAUCUUGGGGGAACGAGAGCCGCUGGAGCCAGAAGGGAUGGUCAGGAUAGUACUUAGCAAAGAAGUUGAUGGUGACACACACACACACACACACACACACACACACACAAUUUUUCUUACUCUCUAACCUCUGCGCAAAAUGAGAUUGGUUCUAACUUUAGUGAGCAGAGGGAUCAGGGGAAGUUACAGUGUGUACGAAAAAAAGAAACAGACUCUUGAUGGCAAACAAACCAUAGGCCAGCUGACCUGGUUUCAUUUCCCAACACGGAGAAGAUAAGGCCUCUGCCCUUUCAUCAGACUCUGUGCAAAUUGUGAAAUAUUAUUUUAUUAUUUUAGCAAAAUUUAAAAAAAACAAACAAACCACCACUUUUACAAAAAAAUAAAAUAAAAAUAAAACCUGUAAAAAUUAUUUUCAGCUACCUGGCUCCAUUCCAUACCUAUAAUCAGCCAAUUUUCCAGUACACUGUAAAUUUUUCCCUCUACAAGUUGGUAAUGAAAAUUUGAAGACCUUUUCCUUAAAUUAUCUCAGCUUUUAACUUCAUUAAAAAAGACUUUUGUCUAAGCAAGAGUUAUUAUUAUAAUUAUUAUUUGUUCUUUCAGUACCCUAGGAUGACACGAGGAGAAAAAAAACCUGAUAUGCAAAUAAUUCGGAUAUUAAAUGGGAAAAGUAUAACAUUUGAAAACAUUAAUAUAAAAAAGCACAAAGAGAUGCAGUAAAAAGUGACGAGGCUUGAUUUUUUAAAAAUAAUUCUGUAGAAAAAAAUGUUUGUGCCGAUUCAGUCAUUCAACUGAAAGAGAUAAUUUUACAACUAUGUUCAAUAAAGCUUAUUUCCAGGUAA